GGGGAGGAGCGGUUCCGGGGCACGCGCGGCCUGCAGCGGCGGUUGCCGGGGGAAUGAGCUCCGAGAAGGGGAACGUGGCGCGCAGGCGGCCCCAGCGCCACCAGAACGCGCGCGCCUUCAGGAACGACAAGUACGACACCAGCGCGCGGCUGAAGAAAAUAAAUUCUAAACUUCAUGACGGAGUGUGUCAGCAUUGUAAAGGUAUUUUGGAGUGGCGGGUAAAAUUCAGCAAGUAUAAACUACUAUCAAAACCUAAAAAAUGUGUGAAGUGCCUCCAGAAAGCUGUGAAAGAUCCUUACCACAUUAUUUGUCGACCAUGUGCUAGUAAACUAGAAGUUUGUGCCAAAUGUGGAAAGGAAAAAGAAAUUGUAAUUCCGAUCAAUAAAGGACAAGAUGGAAUUGAGGAUAAGACUACUAAAAACAGCCAGGAAAGUGGACUGGAGGAUGAACUGGAUUUUGACACGAACUUGAGUAGUACAGACAGUGAAGAAGAUUCUGAUAGGCUUGAAGAAAGUUUUAGAAGUAUGAACUUUGAAAGGACAGAGAUUCAAAAACUUGAGUUUGUAGAAGAGACUGUACACAAUGAAUUGUGAUAGACUGAUGCUUUCCUCUGACUUCUGCUCUGAAAACCUGGUCUGACAUUUAAAAUCCUCAUGUAUUGGCACAGUGUGUUUUGAUUCUUGUUGUGGAGAGACUUGUUACUUGUUUGAAAGACUCAGAGUUUGAAUCUUUAAGUACAGUUAUUUCUUGUAUGGAUGUUCCUCUGUGUGUUAUUGAUAUGAGUCCAGUAUUACACAGCUGUUGUAUUGCCAUUUGUAAAACUACAUGGACAUCUGUAGUUCAAAUAAAGAAAUAAAAAGUUCUGUCAUUUAAAAAAAAAAAAAAAAAAAAGUUAAACCAAUUUUAAUAGAUUUUGAGGGAAGAACUUGCAUCUUUUGUCAGUGAGCUUCCAGAGGCCAUGACAGAAAUAUCAAGUAAUCAUUGUUCUUACUCCAGAUGUCUCUUUUCCAUGGGAAGAGUGCCUAAGUGCCAUCAAUAUCCAUUUCAUAUUUGUGACCUUGUUUUUACCAAAAUUUUGAAAUGGAAAAAAGAAAAAAAAAAAAGAGCUUAAGACUUUAGAAUUUUUCAUACA